AAAAAAAUUAUUCCACCACCACCAUCAAAUGUUUUUUUUCACUACAUAAAUUAAUUUAUUCCAUUUUAAAUGCAAUGCAAUCCUCUUGAAGCUUUGAAAAAAAGAAAGAAUUUUAUUACGAUGAUUGCGAAAUAAAUUUUCAAAAUUCAAAGCUAUAAACAUUCGAAAUUGAUACGUGAACAAAUAAAAACAACAAAAAAAAAAAUAACGGAAUAAAUUCAAACACACACACACACGCACAUACCUAUACCUGUACCUCUUACAUGCAAGUAAUACACCUGUGUGGUUUUGUUUGUGUCUAACGGUUUAUCAGCAAACGAAGCAACAUCUCUGACUACCACCUUUCUAUACACUGAACAACAAAAAAAAUGAUCAAAUCCAAAUAGUUUAUAAUACUUUUACUUUUGUAGUUUUUGAUGAUUAGUAAUGUGAAACUUUCCAACAACAGCAACGACAAUCACCCUAUAAUAUAAUAAUAAUAAUAAUUAGGAAAAGAACGAACAAGGAAGAAGAUUGCUGUUUGAUGUUUUUUUUUGCCAUCUCGAAUACAAAAAAAACAUUUCCAGAAUAACUUGUGUGCAUGUGUGUUUGCCUAUAAUUUUUUUUUCGUUUGUUUUUUUUUCAUUUCCUGGCUACACCAGAAAUCCUAAUUAUUCAUCAUCAUCAUCAUCAUCAUCAUCAUAGAGUGAUCGAUCGAUCCAACCAAAAAAAAAUCGCCCAAAAAUGUCCGUUUGGAGUCGAAUCCUAUCGUUGCCUGAAGAUCAACAGCGGCAAUUAUUUUCCAUAUAUAAUCAUCAUAUACCAAUAGAGAUACGUAUGCAAUUAGCCGAUUGGAUUGAACAACAGAAUUGGCAAUAUUUUGUUGAAAAUGAUACUAUGAUGAAAUGUGAACUAAUACAACGAUUCAGUAUUGAAAUUAAGAAUCUUAUUGAAAUGUCCAAUGAUGUUGCAUAUCGUUAUAAGCUAGUUAAUUAUUGGAAUAUGAUCACUAAUUCAAAUGCCGAUGUUCAUGCAAUCAUUAAAAAUAUACAUGAUUGUCUUUCAUAUGAAAAAGAAUUUAUUCGUUGUAAUAAUCAAGAGCCGGUUCCAUUCGCUCAAGUGAAUUUAUUCGAUAAUUUUCAAAAAUUAUGCCAAAUGAAUGUUGUCAUCAAAGAUGGUAUUGGUGAAACGGAAACAUUAUUCAAAAAUAUUAAAUCAUUAAAAGAAACAUUCAAUAUUCGUCAAUUGGAGAUAAGCAAUUUUGAUAAUCAUAAAUUCAACAAUAAUAAUAAUCCAAAUGAUAAAGCAAUGAAAUUACGUUUUAUGGAAAAUGUUAAUCUAUUACAUUCACAAUAUCAAACAAAUAUGAAUGAUUUGAAUAACAAAUAUAGAGAUAUUAUUGUUAAAUUACAGGAAAUGUCUUUACUUUUAUUCAAUGAAUUGGAUGUAUGGAAACAACAACAGAAAAGUAAACUGGAUUCUUCGGAAACAUAUUUACAGCUUAAAAAUCUAUCAGAAAUGAUGGCAUCAAAUCUUGGUAAUUUAUUACAGCAAUUAAAAUUCAUUGAUGCAUUAGUAUCGAAUGAUUCUACACAAGAAGAUGCAAUGAUUAUUGCGCAAUUUAUUGAAAUUAAAAAACAUACAACAUUAUUGUUCAAGAAUUUAAUAAGCGAAACAUUUAUUGUUAAAAAUCAACCAAAACAGGUGAUUAAAAAGGAAACAAAAUUCAAUGCCACCGUUACAAUGUUGGCCGGCAGUGUAUUGAAUGUUCAUAUGAAUAGUUUAGUUGUGCGUGUACAAAUCAUCAAUGAAGAACAGGCAAAACUUUGGAAUACUGAUCAUGAAAAAUUUCAUCUAAAUUCAUGUUGUGGUGAAAUAGUCAACAAUACCACUGUGAUGGAAUAUAAUUCGGCUACAAAUACAUUGAGUGCCAAUUUUAUUAAUUUACGAUUAAAAUCAAUUAAACGUGCAGAGAAAAAGGCUUCAAUAGAUAAAGUUGUGGAUGAAAAAUUUUCCCUAUUAUUUACGACGGAAAUAUUUCUUGAAAGCGAUAUAAAAUUUGUGAUUUCGACAAUUUCCGUACCAGUCGUAGUCAUAGUACAUGGUAAUCAGAAGAUACACGCAUUGUCGACAAUCAUUUGGGAUAAUGCAUUCUCAGAAGUGAAACGUAUACCGUUCAAUGUGCCGACUGAAGUUAAACUUGGAGAAUUGGCACAGGUAUUAAGUCGCCAAUUCUAUGAACACACGAGAAGACAUCUGAGUGAAGAUAAUAUGCAUUUUCUUGCUGAAAAGAUCUCUGGUCAUGAAGUUGAUAAACAAAAUUUCUUCAACAUUAUGGUGCCAUGGACAAAAUUCUCCAAGGACCUGUUGCCUGAACAGAAUUUCACAUUCUGGGAUUGGUUUUAUAAUAUAUUGCAAUUAACACGUGAACAUCUGGCCGAAUUAUGGGCUGAUGGAUUGAUUAUCGGUUUUCUUACUAGACAACGUGCCGAAAUGUUACUGAUGACUAAAUUACCGGGUACAUUUUUGCUUAGAUUCUCCGACACUCAAUUGGGAGGCAUUAGUGUUGCAUAUCGAAAUGCUAAUAAUAAAGUUGAAUGUCUUGUACCAUUUGUUAGUAAUGAUCUGAAGAUUCGAAAAUUGGCCGAUCGUUUGAAUGAUUUCAAUCAAUUUGUCUACCUGUUUCCGGAGAUACCGAAAGAUACAGCCUUUUCGAAAUAUUAUACAAGAAUUGAGAAUCAAGCAUCAAAUGGUUAUGUUUUCACACAAUUAAAGAAUUGCAUUCCUAGUGAAAUGGACAAAGAAUCUGGCAAUUAUGAAAACAUGAAUGAUCAACAUACGGUGAAUAGUAGUAUUAUGAAUGAUGCAACAUUAAGUACGAGCUUUAGCGAUAUUGGACCAAUGACCAAUAUGUCAUUCGAUACAAACAUGUCAACCUCAUAUGAUUGGAAUCGUAAUCCAAAUGAAUCCAUGACAAGUGACGAUUUCACCUAUGUUCCUACUAUCGAUACAAUGUGAAUGCGAAUGAAUCCCGUGAACCAAAAAAAAAAAAAAAUUGGUCAAAUUAUGAAAAAAAUUUAUCAAUCAAUCUUAAUAUGAAAUUCCCAUUCCCUCUAAAUAUAUUCCUUUUAUUUGAAAUCUAUCUCACAAAUCAUUGUCUCAAAAACACAACCACAACAACAACAAAUAUAUCACAUCUACAUCAUUUUCAUCUUAAAGAAUUUAAAAUCCCAAAAACAAAACUCAUGAUCCUUCAAGACAAACAAAAUACUUUUCGCUCCUUUCAUCAUCAACAACUCCCUUGUUUUGAUCGUUUCAAGAAUCAAUGAAUGAAUGAAAAAUUUCAUUUUUUUCCCACUCAAACUUUUAUUAUUAUUAUUAUAUCAUAUGUUAUACAAUUGAUGCUAAUGCAAACAAACAAAAUUGUUACUCGACAAUAUAAACAAUAACGACGACAACCAAAAAAAAAACAACCUUCCUUUACCACAUUUA